CUCCAGCAUCUUGACAUUACCUUUUGUGAAAUUAUUUCUGAUAUGACUAUCGAAGAAAUUGCUAGAUCAUGUCUUAAUCUAAAAUAUCUUAAUUUGAGAGGGUGUUAUAAUAUUAGCAAAAAAGCCGUAGAUCAGCUCGUUUCACUUAAUCCAAAUAUCCAUAUCAAAAAUUUUGAGGAAACUUUAUCACCCCCUAAUCUCAUUGGAGUGGUUAUAAACCAUCUUACACAGAACAACGUUGCUAAUAGACAGACUCUAGUUUGCCUUCAGAAUUCGGGUGGUGCUAUUUUUAUGUUUAAAAUUGAUUUGGCUAUGACAGAUGUUAGAGCACUUAAAGAUGCGCUUUAUACCUUAGGGUAUGUUAGUUCUAGAGAUGUUAGACUCGUCAAGGUCGAUUUGGGUAGAGAACUCGAGAUGAAUAUGAUACCUAUUAUGGUCAAAGAUUAUUUCGGUGAUCCCUAUCACGAUCCUAAUAUAAUUCAUAUUGUUGUAAAAAAUUCUCCUCCCUCUACUGAAACAACGAUCUCG